AUGACUGUCUUACAAUGUGAUGCGUCUCUAACGGCCGAGAGAGCUUCCUAUGGUGGGAUCAUUCGUGAUGAUACAGGUUCAGCCAUCAUGGCUUUUGCAGUGAAAGGUGAUGACAAUUCUGUCCCUGGCAUGGAGCUUUAUGCAAUUUUAAGGGGGGUCACAUUUUGUAUUCAGCAGAAUCAUCUUCGGGUUUCUAUCCGAUCGGACUCUAAACUUGCAGUGGAUAUUCUGAAUGGGACAGUGAGUUGUCCUUGGAGCAUGCAUCCCUUAAAGGACAGCAUUACAACGCUCUUUGAGCAAUUGCACCAUAAGGAGAUCAGACAUGUUUGGAGGGAGCUUAACCAACCAGCUGACUUUAUUGCAGCUAUGGAUAUUGGGGAUGGGGAGGUUACUUUAUAUCCACCCGAUUUCCCACAGGACCUGGUGGAGUUGAUUAAGAAUGAUUCAGACCGCAAAGUUUUUUUUAGGACCUUGUCACACUGA